ACUGCUAAGAACAGAUAGAGAUUGUUGAGUGGAAAAUAUACGGAAUUAUUCAGGCUGAAGUGACUGAAACUAUAUUUACUAAAAUAUAUAUUUGAGUCUUUAGGAUUUUAUUAACAUCUUAUUUAAAAAAGUGAAGCACGAUUGUUUGGCUUGUUUUGAUAUAUGUAUUGUAUAAAUUGUCCCCACAAGCGUCGCCGUCAACCUAUGGAUUUCAUUCUGUGGAUAUUAUUCAGGAAGAAUUAUUUUGCAAAAGUCGUGAAUAAUGUGUAACUUUUGAUCUUACUCCUUGUCAUAAUAUAACGUUACAUGGUCCUUCGUAGUUACAUACUCAAAAUAUUACUUAUAUUCGUAUAAACAUAGUUGAAAAUUUAAAUAUAACAUGAAAUCUAAUAGUGAAGAUACGCAACACACUACAGAUAGUUCAGAAAAUGUUGAAAAUCCAAUGCAGAUGUUGGAAGAUGCCUUAGUGAUUUGCAAGUUCGGUCGGUUUAAUAUUCAGCUGAUGAUUACGACGCUGCUGUCGGUUCUAGCUACCACAUCCGUGACCACGGCAACGUCAUACGUGCUGCCCAGCGCAGAAUGCGACCUCAACAUGACAAUGAUGCAGAAGGGGCUCCUGAAUGCAAUACCUUUUCUUGGUCAAUUCUGUGCAUGCCCGUUCACAGGUUUCAUAACUGACGCGUUUGGAAGGAAGAUAUUCCUUGUCGGCGGUAAUUUUGGAUUGUUCGUCUGUGCCUUAUUUGGGGCGUCUAGCCAGACGUAUGGCAUGCUCCUGUUCGCGAAAUUAUUAGAAGGUGUCGUAAUGAGCCUCGUUUUUACAGCAACUGCAACUAUGGUGACAGAGUUCACACACAAGCUUGUAAGAGACAAAGUACUAGUGGGUUAUGCAGCAUUUAUGUCCAUUUCUAUAAUUAUUACGUCUCUCAUAGCUUGGGCAAUUCUGCCGAUGGCGCUACAGUUUGUUGUCAUAGAAGGAUAUAUUGAAAUCCACUCGUGGAACAUUUAUCUUUGUGUGAGCGCGGGCUGGGGUUUGCUAGCCGCUAUAAUGUACUGGAAUUUGCCAGAAAGUCCUAAAUUUUUACUUUCACAUGGACAAGAGAAGGAAGCUCUACAAGUUUUACAAAGAAUUUACCAUGUCAACACCGGAAAAGAUGAGGAUACGUUUACUAUCAAGUCAUUGAACGUGUCUGGAGUGCUCAAACCUACAAAAGAAGUUAGUGUAAGCAAACAAAUAACAAAUGCGUUGUUUGAAACAAAAGAACUGUUCAGAGCUCCAUUGCUUUGCAAACUUAUAUUGUUCUCCACAAUAACAUUUGUAGCUUUAUUAGCAUAUAGCGCAUUGAGAUUGUGGUAUCCACAACUUUCGACGAUAAUAGAAAAUCACCAAAAAGAACACAAUGGCCAAACAUAUCGCUUUUGUGAUAUGAUCGAUUCGUAUACAAGUGCACAUAAUACACAAAAUAAUAUGAUAUCUAGCGACAAUAUCACUACGCCGCCUGGAGAUUGCGUUCCGCAACUGGCUGGCGCUCAAACUUAUACAAAUGGAAUCAUACUGGGAUUUGUUUCACUCGUUUGCAUUUCAAUCAGUGGAUAUUUAGUUGAUUUCUUUGGACAGAAGCCUCUGAUGUUCGGCUUCUUGCUUUUGUGUGCAGUCUGUUCAAGUGUACUGUACUGGACGAAUUCCUCUAUUCAAAUUGCAAUUCUGAUAUCAGCGACGUGUGGGUUCAUGCAAACUGCGUUUAGUUUACAGCAUAAUAUACUAGUUAGAGUGUUUCCGACGACAGUCAGAACUAUGGCUUUGUCCAUAGUAAUAAUGGUGGGUCGAGCGGGGUCCUUAUUAGGAAACCUCCUGUUCCCUUUGAUGAUGGCCAUAGGUUGUAUGGUACCUUUCUUAACAUUGUCUACGGUGACGUUAUGUGUCGCAGGCUUAAUUUAUUUUCUGCCAAAUCCACAAAAAGAAAAUUCUGCUACAGGCGAUAAAUAAACUGUGUAUCUAGUAUGAAAAUUGUUUCAUUGAACAUUUUUUUGCAUUAAUAUUAUAAUAGCGUUCCGCAAAAAAGAGCGUAACAUUUAACUAUUGAAAACUUUUACACAAC